GCUGCGACUCCGACAGCCCGAAAGAAGCUUGCACUGAGCAGCGAGCAACCUGCAGCAAACUGUGAACUGCGGACUGUGAGCUGCUCCGUCUCGGAGCUCCGCCAUGACCCUGCAAUAUCCGCCGUUCAAACUUCAAAGCUUCUCGGCCACGGCUUCUCCUAUCCAGAAAACCAUCAUUACCCCCGUGGCCGUCCUCCACUCUGCCUCUCCAUUUCCCAUCGUCCGAUUUGCUUACCACCAUAGUCUCUCCCCCUCUCUUCGCAACCAUUCUAGACGAUCCUUCACAGUGAGCUCCAGCCUCCCAUUUUCGCAGCAGAAUGCGAAGUAUCACAUAGAGCUCCAAGCAGCUGUGGACAUUGUCGAGAGAGCUUGUCACCUUUGCGUCGAUGUUAAAUCGUCCUUAUUUUCUACUGAUGGACGGGUUCUUGAAAAGAACGACCAAACUCCCGUAACAGUUGCUGAUUUCGGGGUGCAGGCUCUAGUCAGUUUGGAGCUUCAUAAACUGUUUCCUUCUAUUCCCCUUGUCGCUGAAGAGGACUCUGCAUUCCUACGUUCUAAUAAUCUGGCUGAUUUUGUGGUACAUGCGGUAAGCAAUAAAGUAAGCUUUGAGGAUGAAUCAUUCACCCAUUCUGAUGUAUUGGAUGCCAUUGACAGAGGAGGGAAGGGUGCAUUUUCUUUUGAAUCUAAACCGGCGACGUACUGGGUACUGGAUCCAAUCGAUGGCACAAGAGGGUUUCUAAAAGGUAGCGAGGCUUUAUAUGUGGUGGGUUUGGCUCUCAUCAUUGAAGGGGAAAUUGUGUUAGGUGUAAUGGGCUGCCCCAAUUUUCAGCAAGAUUUUUCUAACAAAUCUGUCACUGACGUCCUCAAAUGUGAGGCCAUUCCAUCUGGAUCACCAGGGAUCAUUAUGAUUGCUCAUGUUGGUUGUGGAACAUGGAUGAGGAAGUUAUCAUAUAUGGUAGAUGCAACAAGCAGAGUGCAUGAUUCUUGGACCAGAUGCUUUGUUGAUGGCUGUCGCUUAGUUCAUCAGGCCCGUUUUUGCAUUCCAGAUAGUCAGGUGUGGGAGUUGUUGCCAUUGUCAGCAGUAUUCAACUCAACAACUAAUGCUGAUAUUAUUGGGGAGAGAGAAAUUCUUCUUUUGCCUACAUGUUGUGGAAGUUUGUGCAAGUACUUAAUGGUGGCUUCAGGAAGGGCAUCUGUAUUCAUCCUUCAAGCAAAAAUUCAAACAAUUAUCAAGGCUUGGGAUCAUGCUGUUGGAAUGAUAUGUGUGUAUGAAGCAGGGGGAAAGGUUACCGACUGGAAAGGGAGUCUACUUGACCUUGCUGGAGAUCAAGCUGAACGCAGAGUCAUUUAUCCUUCAGGUGGUGUUCUUGUGACAAAUGGCAACCUGCAUAGCAAGAUUCUGGAGAUUAUUAGUUCCAGUUCCUCAGUUGUUUGAUGGCAGGUUAUUGGUUGAAACUACUCAUAUCUCUCGAUCGGCGAGUGCACGUCAAUCAAAGGGCUGUUGUAUCCUGGGGUGUGGAUGCCGACGAGCUUUCUGCACUAAAUUAAAAAUGAGGUGUGGAAAGCAUCAGAGGUUAGAAGAAGAGAGAAUUCAUAGAGAAACAUGAUUGGUGGACAGCCUGGGCUGGUAAGCACCAACUUUAGUAUUGCAUUAGGUAUAUAACAGCCCUUGAUGGUGGCUUGUUGGAGGAAAUGAGAGAUGACCACAGAACUGAGUGAAAGAGCCAUAUGUUUUUCUGAAGACUGGAUCUAUUAGACUCCUCAAGGUUUCUAUGGGGCACCUAAAAGUCCUGUAGAGGAUUGCCUUUUUUUUUUGAGCUUGGGAGUCCCAUUAACAAGUCUCAUUAGAUAUUAGAGUGAUGGGAGCUUUUGACUUUCGCAAUCAAAUUUACAUUUCCUUAAUGGUCCAUUUGGAUCAAUGAUGUUGUUUGGGUAAAGGAAAGGAAAGGAAAAUGUGGAAACCUAUUUUCCCUUGCAUUUUCCUUCUAUAUAAAAUAUUAUCAAAAAUGAAAGGUUGUUUUAAUAUGACUAAAAAUUAGAAAAAAAUAAAUAUUAAUAAUGUGUAAAAUCAAAUUUUUGUUUAUAGAUUUGGUGUAUUUUUUAUUUUCUUUCUCAUUUUCCAUGAUAACCAAACAUGAAAAUGUAGAUUCUUUGAUAUUUUCCUUUUCUUUUCCUAAUAUUUUAUGAGUUCCAAAUGUAGCCUAACUAAUUAUUUUUUAAUCUUAGUCAUUGUUAUCUUUCCUAUAUUGGGGUCGUCUUCUUAGUAAGGGAUCCUGGCUCCAAAGCUAAACGGUACAGUCAGUAUACCCAAGUAUUUGUUCGUGCAAGUGAAUCUGAUUUGUUCAGCAAGGCUUGCUUUCUAUGGAUAUUUGAUUAUAUAAUCUUCAAUUUUUGUAUCAUCUCUCUCCUUAUAAAGCCUUCUGAAACAAUUAGGAGUGCUGGCCUUGCAACUGGCAAACACCAAGAAAUUCUUCACUUUUUUUUUUUGCCGAAGAGUUCCCAACUUCUAUGUCAUGAUUUUGCAAGUCAAGUCCAUGCGUGCAUGUGUUGUGAACUGCAAUUUGUUUCUUGUGGCCAGAUCAUGGUGAUUUUUGGCUGGUUAGAUAUGUGCAAUAGUGUGGGCGAUGAGUACAGAUUCACAAGGCGAGUUUUAUCAGGCGACUUUUCAGUUUUCAGAUAUCUGCUUGGAACUCUUUGGCAUGCCAUGCCCUCCUUGGGCCAUGGCACGAACUAGUCUCUUUAUCGUGUCAGAGGAGCAUCAAUCGCGCCAAGGGUAUCCAAAAUUUGAAAAAAGAGCAUGCAUACAUUUGUAUCUGUUUCCAUACAUGGCAUGAUUUAGUCAAAUGUUAAAUUUAUAUACAUCAACCCCCUUCAUACUAUACGAUAUGCUGUAGGAGAUGUGUGUGUUGUGCAUUGUGCUUAAUUUGUGAGACAUGGAAAAAACAGAUAAAUUUGAAUUCCCACUUUUCUCCCUUUUGUUCAUUAUGUCAAUGAGAAUAAAAGAUGCCGUUUCUAUUUAGUA